GAUUUAUCAAAUACAUACAUAGUACGAAGUACGAGUAUGUAGCUGACUGUGGAUGAUUCAGAGUGGGGUAGUAGGUACUUCUUUUUUGAAGGGGAAGAUUUGUUUCACUAGGUCGGUGUAUACCUGCUGAAUAAAUGCCCCGUGCUAUUGUCUAUUACUAACUGUACACACUGGAAGUAGAUCGGAUGGCUUCAUUAUCGUCUUCUGGUCUUUUGAGAUGAGAUCUUUCCGGUUGGCUAUUCCAUGCAAAGUUAGUUUACUGACUAGAAUCAUUACUAGAACGAUCAAUAUGGCUGAAAGAAUCCAGAAUAUGUAGUGAAACAAUAGGAAAUGCCAGGCAAUCCUCGCUGACAACCGCUGUCUCCCAGAGGACUCAUCUCACUAUGUAGAUGUCAGCCAAAUACUCGGCCCAGAGCUCCAAGUCAGGUGGCUUAUAUAUAGGGUGAUCAACCCCGGUGCUUAUGCUUUCCAUCAUCAAGUCAUCCUUCAGACCUGAUCAUGGCCCACCCCUCAGCAUCAGCAUUGUCCUUCACCACCCCCUCGACUCCCCCGUCGACCGGACUGACCCUCACCAAGUUCCACCUCGAAAAAUCAGGCCCCGGGGAAGUCCAGAUCGCCUUCCUCUACGCCCCCAUCAAUCCGCUCGACCUUCUGGUUGUCUCGGGCAAAUACCCCGUCAAACCACUCCAUACCGUCCCCGGCACACCAAACCCAUCAUAUGUCCCUGGAUACGAUGGCGUGGCCCGAGUCGUCGCCAUCGGGGAGGGUAUAUCCCCGUCCGCCUUUCGUGAAGGGGACCUUGUCAUCCCCGCCGGUCUAGGGUUGGGAACAUGGCGUAGCCACGCCAACGUACCGGCUUCCAGCCUCCUGAAUCUGACAUCUGGACUGUCAUUCUCUGACAUCCCCUCCCGAUCGAAUGUUCUCGCCUUUAGCAUCCUCCGUACGGUCUUCGUUACGGCUUACCUCUUGCUGGAACAUAGCCGAGAAUCUCUGAAACCCGGGGACUGGAUCAUCCUGAACGCUGCUACGGGGGCGAUUGCAUCCGCCGUAGUCCAGCUGGCUACUCUCCGUGGCAUUCACUCCAUCUGUGUCAUUCGUGAUCGGCCAGACCCAGCUUCUAAUCAAGCGGCUGUCGACGAGCUCAAACGCUACGGUGCUCAUACGGUCCUCACCGAGUCCGAACUCGAAGAAAGUGCCGCGGGGCUUCAGGGCAAACGUAUCGUGCUCGCCUUGGAUGCCGUAUUUGGGGCAUCUGCUGAGAGACUUGCUGCGACGCUGGCUUCUGGUGGUACCUUGGUGAAUUACGGCACCCUGGGAGGAGGGGGUCCAGCGGCAUCGAUGGGGUUGACCAGUCGUGUUCUGUUCUGGAAUCAAAUCACGCUGCGUGCGUUUCGAGGGUCAACCUACCUCGCCCAACGGACGGAGGAGGAAACCCGGGAUCUGGUGGUUUGGUUAGCCGGGCUGGUAGUGCAGAAGCGGUUGAGGAUGCCAUCGGUUCAGCUGGUGGGCUGGGGAGAUGCAGAUCAAGAUGGAGUGCGGCGGGCCGAGGAUCGGGCGGUGGGACACGCCAAGCUGGUCUGGGAGUUUGACUGGUUUGAAUAGUUUGAUGGUAGAAAGCUUGUGUAGACAGAGACACUUAACUCAGACACUUCCUCUCCU